UGCAGACUUAACCACUUCCACUUCUACUGCGUGUUGAGUAAUCGAAUUCCUGUCUUCGAGAGUGCUACAUUCCUGAUUCCACUGCUCUGACCUAGGGGACUGUUGGUGGUCUGUAGGCUAAUGGAAUGUCCGUAGGAAUUCAAAUUACAAGUCCCGAUUUUGACGAUGAGGACUAUGGCUCUUCUACAAUACCGUUUGGACGCUCCGCUUGCAAUGUAUUUGGAGCAAACUCUUCCGGGUUCGGCAGUGCAGGAGGUUUUGGAGGAACCAGCUCUGCGCCAGAUUCGCCUACUUCAAUAACACCAUUAGCUUCUGCGUUAGAUGGAACUGAAAGAAGCUUUUUCAGCUCUCCCAACAGAGGCGAUUCCAUCACCUCUAUUGAGUCGGUUGGUUUUGGCUCUACACGUUUCCCCAAUUAUCCCCGGUCAGCUACCUCUUUCAGCACCUUUACUCACUCUGCUCAGCCAUCGGUAACAGCGUCCAGUGCAGGCUUCAGUAAAAAAUCCUCCUUUGCCUCCUUUCGCAAUGCCUUUAAAAGCGGGGAGUCCAACGAACUUCCGCCAGUUCCUCAGCUCGAUCAUUGCGUGUUCAAGAACCCCUUCAACAGAUCCACGUCGCCUUUGAACAGCUCCUCUAUUGGAGUCACUGCAAAAGGGACCAUCACCACUAGUCCGCCUUUUGGUCGACCACCUACUCCUGGUUCCGUCGAUACGAGAUACGGUCGCGCCAAAAAGAGUCAUGCUCAAGCUAAAUCGUUUCAUUCCCAGUCCGGUUCCAUCUUCCACGCAUCUGAUGGUGGUAGUGAAGGCCAUGGUAUAUCCUCGUCCCCUCCUCCUGUACCUCGUGUGCCGUAUAUCCGCAGUGAAACUCCGGACUUUGAAGACGAUAAGGUCGUCAUGGACCCCAAAACACUAUCGGAUUAUGCAUUGCACGCUGUCUUUAUACGGUUUGCCUCUUCUCCCGAAUCCAAGAUUGACGCAUUUUUGCGGCAACCACUUGAACAAGAUCCGCUUCUUCCUGAGCUUAUAGGGCCUGACGUCGACCCCAAAUUGGACGAGACACUUCUUUCGCUCGGGCAAAUAGCGCAAAAGCAUACAAAGCCGGUCAUUAACUCUAUUCUUCGGUGGAGGCGAAGUCAAGUGGAAAACGUAGGCUCAGACGUGAUUCGGUACCAUAUGUCACAUUCGCCAACGGGAACAGCACGCGUUAUACGAACGCACGACGUACCCGCGCUCUUGAAUGAACGCAAAAAUCUCGCUGCUAUCUACAUCAUGUGUCGCGCACUCGACGCAGUGGUAAAGACACUUUCAAAAGACGCAAUCGGCGAGAAUUUAGGAUACUCGCUAGAGAAACCGACCUUCGAUCAGUUUCAAAAGCCUGAGUUGAAACUCCUCAUGCAGAGCACAAAUCAUCGGACAAAUUCAGAGCUUUCUGCUGCAUUGUUAGGACAUCUGGCUAAUAUCAGGUUUGUCAGUGUAACAGAUCGUUUCCUAGCGGAACUUGCUCCAGUUACUCGAGGGCAGGUACCUAAGGACCUUGACAUGAAAUAUGAGAACCUUAUAAACAGUAUCAGACACAUCCAAAUCAAGGUUUGGCCUUCGGAAGCUUUUGAAGAGGGAGCAGAGUUCAUGGAGUCGUUAUCCAAAGCUUUCAUGCAGGCACAUGGAUUUCGACUCAAGACCGCUUUCGCUGAAACUUUGAUUCACCUUUUGCACCCUAUAGGAAAGACUGCUCAAGCUGAAACCAACUUUCCAUUAUGGGGCAAGGCUAUUGAACUUAUUUAUCCUAAAGCUCGUGAUAUGGCAGCCAAACCACGGUAUUGGAACGUCGCCUUUCCGUUAAUGAUUACCAGCCUCUGUGUCGCUCCGCAAGAUUUCUACCGAAAACAUUGGGUUGCUUGCUUUGAGGUUUCAAUCCCCAAAUUGAAGGAAAAAUCUCUGCGUAUACCGGUUCUCAAUGGGAUGAUGCGCCUCAUUUGGACUUAUCUAUAUCGUUGCCAAGAAUCCCCUUCGACUACCACGACCAAAUUGGAAAACCUGUUGAAGCACUUUUUCCCACCGAAUAGGACCACCAUCUAUGCAAACGAAGAUCAUCUCGAGCCCUUUAUCUAUAUCGUUCGUUUCGUUCUUUCGCGGCAUUUUGAAUUCGGAAGAGACUUAUGUUUGGAGCUUAUACAAGAAUCGUCCAUCAAUUCGGGUUAUCAGACUAAAGGAAGAAGUCUUGCUCAUACCUUCGCAUCCGAACGGACAUCGAUUGCCACUCAAGCUAUUCUAAUGACAUUGCAUGGCAUGGAAAGGGACUCUUCAACACCCAGCUGGCCGACCACUGUUGACUUUUUUGAACCUUCUUGUUGGUCCGACUAUCCUACUUCGUCCGAUAUCCUCCCCGCGUCCAUCUUAUUGCGUCCCGGAAUGCAAGACUUUUUUGAUAGAUAUGGUUCCGCGCUUGCCAAUAUUGCUAGUGCGUGUGGGAACGGUGUUGGUCGAAUGUCGAUGUUCGACGAACAAUGGUCCUGGGCACGUUUGAACCCUUCUUACGAAGAGUCGCACAAUUAUAUUAGGCGAAAACGCCUCGAGGUUGGAAACGUAGGGUAUCCGACGAAUUUGAUAUCCCAAAUCAACCUCUUGCAGACUUGCUUCAUGUCAUGGCCGAGGUGUCUCCAUCCUUCCUUGCCUGUAACCGAAGCCGUUGACAUGCUUUUGCGAGGCGUAGUCCAUGUGGAACCAUCCAUUGGGGAUGUUGCAUGGGAAGCACUCCGACGCUUUUUAUCGGACCCUUCCCAUUCUCUGUCAGUCGUCGCGCAGUUUACGCAAUUACUUUUCAAUCCGUCGAGAUUAUCACAAGAAGGCUAUGGAACUUGGAUUGGAAGAUUGACGCAUCAUUCCCCUCAUGAGCUAGCACAGGAGGAAGACAUAAUCACACCUCGCUGUCUUGAGAUCGAGGCUGGUGCAAUGUUCCUUUUGUCACAGAUACUAGGAAGUUUGAUGUAUCACUUGUCUCCGGAGCCUUCCGGUCCCACAGAAUCUGCGCCUUCUUCAUCUUUCGGGAGGCUGCUAAAUGGGUUUGACGAGUUCCUUGAUAAAGCUGAGCUUGCUAGAUUACAGUAUCGGCGAAACUUGUACGAAGACGAGAGGGACCCUAAAAUUUUCAUGUUCAGAGACGUCUUGGUUGCUGCUGGAACACGGUAUCAUGCAACUAUGACCCAAUUGGCCGGUCUCAAUUCGAAGUUGUCCGGUAGUCGCUCGCCGAUGGCAUAUGACGGGCCACGACUAGUGGAAGAAAAUAUGCAAUUGAUAGAGCAAUGGCACAUCUGGGUGAAAAUUCUAUGCGCCACCGCGAUUUCUCCGGAAGUUGCGCGACCAGUUUUGACGCAGCUUGCCCGCGAGCACUCUCGUGUACCAUCAGACACAAGUUUUGAACAUGAACGACUAAAUACAAGUCGUGGGCUUUUCCGGUAUCUCACUCCCUUCCUCGACUCCGAAUUCACUCCUUUCUGUGAUGCGGCUGUUCUCUGUAUUAGCUCUUUUCCUCCUGAGGCCUAUCCUCAAUUACUCGAGGACUUGAGUCUAUUAGCAGGACGUCAAUUCUAUGACGACCCCAGAUUCAAAAUGGUCAAUGCGAUAUCAUUUGAGCGUAUUCGGCGACAAGAACGCCUUCAUUCUGCGGUUGCAAAGAUCUAUUAUAUCACUGCUCGUUUCCUCCAAUAUCAACGAUCUGCGGGAAGACAAGGUGCUCUCGCCAACGUUCUGAAAUUCGUCCGUAACACACAAACUUUUCUUACAUCACCAGAGAUGCGUGAGAAAUUCACGUUACAGCGGCUCCGACGCUACUUUUGUGGAAUAGUUGAGCGUCUUUUUGAAGGACCAGCGACACUCGAAGGCGCUGAUCGUUUUAUUCCGGCAAACAUGCAUCUCACAUUAUAUCGUCUAUGUGAGGAAUGGUGUCAUUUUAGACCUCAACCAGAACACGUAAAGCAACGUCUUUUGUCCAUGAAGAAGGCUGCGGCUUCAAGUGUAUCCGCUGAUGGUGCAACAUCUGCCGUAGAGCAACUUCAAGAGGAAACGCUGAUGCUGUCUUAUGCUUCUGUAGGGGCAUUAUCUAUAUUAUGUCAAAAGACCUUUUGUCCACCUGGUGUAUCAUCGGGAUCCCCGUCCGUCCGUCAUAGUCCAGAUUAUCUCAAGCCAUUGACUCCGAGCAACGUCCUAGAGCGUCUAAGCGCUAUUACGUCGUCCCACUUGCUCACGCAAGAACGAGGAAAAAAAGCCUUAAAGUCUCUACUGGCCUCAAAUAAUGCCGAUAAGUCAUUGUUGGACGAAGCAAUGAAGCGAGCCGUCGUCACUAUCGAUCAAUCUGAUACCAACAACGGCCGAUUCUUUGAAGUCAUUUCUCAAGCAAUCGCUUCUUCCGGAAACCGUGGUUUCACUUUUGCUCAAGCUCCUAGACGAGAAGCCUUCAAUUUGUUGGAAGCCAUUCAUCAUCAGGCUUCGGAAAUAUUGACCAUGUCCCAGUUUGAAGCGACCGUAAGCAGCUCAGCUUCGGGCGCCUAUAUUCAUUCCCAUCGACUCAUGUCGGAAUUCCUUGCUGGCGAACACCCCGAUCAUGCAAUAACUGUGCUUGCUCAAAUGGAUACAUGGUUGGCCGCGUUUCCCACCACCUCCGCUUUCAGUAUGGUCACUUUGUUGUUAUUACAAAAUCUGGAAUUUUGGAUACCUCACAUACAACUCAUGAAAGAUGAUAACCGUUCACUAUCUCAGGAAGCUUAUACUGCGCUUUACCAUCUCAUGGCUUUGACCUUGCGCAUAUCAAUGCUAUGGACACGUCUUGUUGAACCACCCAAUCAAUCCAACGGUCAUGCUACGAUGCGCUUUUUACUAAAACAAUCGCAUAAAGUUGGCAGUACGGUCUUCAUAGAUAGUGCCUCCGAUACUGUGGCCUGUAUAUGUCAAGGUCCUUCGGGUUGCCAAAUCUUCGAGGAGCUAUGUUCUUUGAUAGAGCCUGUACGGAUGCUACCGACCCUUGAACACAAGCUUGCCUUUCCAGAUGCGGUAGAUAUGGAGUUAUGGUCUGACCUCGAUGAUUUAUUCGUGGAUGGGCGUCCGCGUCUAUCUCUGGGUGCCGCUCAAUUCGCUUGGUUGUUUCUGGCAGACGUCGCAUUACCUCGCUAUUGGGAAUUAAGAGAACAAUUGCCUUCUUUACUUCACGCACUUUUUACGCACAUUGACAAUCAGACUUCCUUUGUACGACUUCGGGCUCGUUAUAUGCUUUUCCGGUUGUUGCGAGCUUGGGCCCCUGGGUACGAUGAAAUUCCGGAACACGCGAACUUCCGUAGUCGGGCCAUGCUGAGGAAUGAGCUAUUGGAAAUGGAGACAGAAGCUGAAAAGAUGUAUUGGUCAGAAGAAGAGAAUACUUCCGAAUCUGAACCUAAGAUGCAUUUGUUCUGCUCUCGCGUCAUUCAGUUCCUUGAACCGUUAUGUCCCUCUCUAAGAGAGAAAUGGGGAACCGUAGCUCUGGAAUGGAGUACUUCCUGCUCCAUCAGGUCUGUAGCAUUCCGCUCACUGCAAAUAUUCCGCGCUCUCCUACCUCGUUUGAAGACUCGGCAGCUCGCUUUGAUUAUUGGACGACUAUCGAAUACUAUCUCAGCCUCAGAUGACGCCGUCAGGCUCUUUACCAUUGAAUUAAUUUUGACAGGGCACGCCAUCGUGUCAUCCAACAACUUCGAUAUGUCACUACUACCUCGAAUCUUCUGGUGUACCUGUGCAGCUCUGACCAACACUGUAGAACAAGAGUUUGCUGAAGCUUUGAAGUUAUUCGCUUCUCUCCAACCCAACCUUCUCAAUGGCCUUCGUUCCUCGGUCACAACCGCUCGGACUUUGAGAAUCCUGCAGUCUCUAUCAGAGUUCAAAGAUGCAAGGAUAAUCGAUUCAUCUAAUAGCCGCGUCCGUGACCUGUACACACUUUCUUUACCAUGGUGUCUACACUCCAUGAUAACCGAGAAAACUGGAGGCGAAAAAUCCACAGAUGACGCGCUGCGUCGAUUCGCUGAAAAUAUUGGUGAUCUAGCUAAACAAGAAGGUCGUGUCAGUAUACACAAAAUCAUGACUUCCUUCGCCAAAGGGCACUUCAGGACGAAGGAUGACUUUCUUCGGCAGUCGGUUGCCAGUACCAGUCUUAGGGAGCAUUACGGCGUCGAACAUUGGACUGAGAUCGUGACACUGCUGAUGGGACUCGUUCUCAAUCGGGAACGCUGGCUGCGCAUCCAAUCAAUGCAGAUCCUCAAAGUAUUAUUUCAGCAACGAGAGACCCGGAAUCCAGUAGAACUGCUGGGCUCUGAGUUACUUAUGCCGUUGUUGCGACUAUUAGAGACUGAUCUCGCGUCCCAGGCUCUGGAUGUUCUGGAGGAACUCAUGGCUAUGUCUGGUGGUUUGGCAGCUAAACAUGUGCUUCGUAUGAGCAUGCACAGCCGGACCCUCCCGAAUUCUCAGGAGGUCGAUUCCGUCGCCACUGUUUUUGGUGUACCCGAGGAGUCGGGUUGGUCUGUUGUGAAGGCAGACGAAAUUCGAAAUGCCUGCCGCUCCAACUUGAUGGAAGUCUUCGAUACCUGUUCGAUGCCUACUCGGCCCUUACGAAUCGAAUUCGAACCAGAGGAAAUCGAAGUCCUUGCUGAACUGUCUCGUGUAGAAGACCUUGGUGGUCUAGAGACGGUGAUGGAUAUUCCUUCCACACCAUUUGUGGAUGUCUUUCGUGUGGCGGGUAUGUCAUCUGAUGAAGACUCGGACCAAAGUUCAGUCAAUAGUGACGAGGAACUUGACGCUUUUUAUUUUGAUUCGCCCACUGUAUAUCGUUCUGACAGAAAAUCUUAA